GUCAAAGUUUACUGCAUGCGGAAGUGGCAUGUAGGUUAGUGGGGGUUUCGGUUCUUCUGUCUCCUGCAGUGUUUGGAUCUCCAUAAGUCAGUCCAGUAAUUUUGUUGAUAUUUUUGCUUGGAGGCUAACUGAUGUUAGCUCGCCCCUCAUGUCUUCAACAAUGACCACCAUCGUCCAUGAUACUACAGAGGCAGUGUGCCUGUCCUCUGAGUACAACCUGUACCUCAAGCCUAUUGCCAAAAUGACCAUUAGUGUGGCUCUGCCCCAGCUCAAGCUGCCAGGCAAGAGCAUCUCCAACUGGGAGGUAAUGGAGAGGGUAAAGGCCAUGGUAGCUCCAGAGCAGUUUUCAGCCCUGCGAAUCUCCAAGAGCACCAUGGACUUCAUCCGCUUCGAGGGUGAGGUGGAGAACAAGACAAUCGUCAAGGGCCUGCUGAGCCGCCUCGAUGGGAAGAGCAUCAAACUCAGUGGAUUUACUGACGUACUGAAGGUUCGUGCAGUAGAGAAUAAGGUGGACUUCCCUACUCGUCAUGACUGGGACUCCUUCUUCCGCGAUGCCAAGGAUAUGAAUGAGACUGUGCCUGGAGAGAGGCCUGACACCAUCCACUUGGAGGGGCUUCCUUGCCGCUGGUUCAGCCAGAAGGACAGUCCUUACCCAGACCGGCCCUCUGAAGAGGUCCUCAUUGCUGUCUUUGAGAAAUUUGGCAAGGUGCGAAAUGUUGACAUCCCAAUGCUGGACCCAUACAGGGAGGAGAUGCUGGACAAGAACUUCAACACAUUCAGUUUCGGGGGUCAUCUGAACUUUGAGUCAUACGUGCAGUACCAGGAGUACUGCGGUUUCACCAAGGCGAUGGACACUCUGCGCAGCAUGAAGCUCAUGCUGAAAGGAGACGAUGGAAAAGCAGUGGCCUGCAAUAUCAAGGUGACCUUUGACACCAGCAAGCACUUGAGUGAGUUGGCUCUGAAGAGGAGAAGUCUGGAGAGGUUGAAGCUACAGGAGCUGGAGAGGCAGAGGGAGGAGCAGAAACGACGGGAGAAGGAAGAGGAGGAGCGGCGUAAGGAGGAGGAGAGGAAACAGAAGGAGCAGGAAGAGGAGGAGAAAGAGAGGAAGAAGGAAGAGAGGUUACGAAAGCGAGAGCAGAAGCUGCGGGAGAAAGAAGAGAGGAAGAACCUGAAGAGGGUGAGGCGCCAGCAGGAAGAGGAGCAGAAGAAGCUGCAGAUGAAGAUCGCCAUGGAGGAGAGGAGGCUGCUGCUGGCUCAGCGCAACCUGGAAUCCAUACGGCUCAUUGCUGAGCUGCUGGCCAGGGCCAAGACUCUAAAGCAGCGGCAGCAGGAGAAAGAGAGGGCCGAACGGGAGGAGCGAGAAAAGCAAGAGCAGGCUAGACAGAAGGAGGAAGUAGCUCGUCUUCAGAAGCUGGAGGCCUGCCGACGCAAGCAGGAGGAGGAGCUCCGGAGGGUAGAGGUGGAGAAGGAGCGAGCAUUGGAGCUCCAGCGCCGAGAGAAGGAGCUGAGGGAGAGACUGCUUUGCAACCUGUUGAAGAAGAGCAGUUGUAAAACCACAAGACCUCCAGCCACGCAGGACCAGGCUGGCCCUGUAAAGAGUGAGGAGGCCCCUGGUCCUGUUGGCAAUGAUGUGAUGUUAGGGGUCCUGGGCCGGGUGAACGGAGUGAAGGCAGUUGAGAGCAAAGAGAAGCAGGUGUCCAAAUCUAGCGUGCACGCCCACGUUUUGGGGAAAAAAGGAGGUGAGGACAGGAAGAAAGACCAGGAGGGAAGGAGGGAGGAGGUGGUGAAAAGCAGGCACAAUAGGGAGCAAGCAAGGGACCGGGACCGCUCCCACAGAGCGACGAGCUCCUACAACCGGGGGAGGAGAAGGCGUUCACACAGCAGGAGACGAAGGAGCUCCAGCCACCGUAAGAGGAGCUCCAGUCGUCAUAGGAGGAGCCACAGUCACCACAGCAGGAGUACAAGCUCCAGCCGCGACCGGAGCCGGAGCAGCAGUGGGAGGAGUUACAGCGGAGGGCGGAGCCACAGGCAUAGUCACCGUAGAUACAGUAGAGGCAGCUCUAGGAGCAGCAAUAAAAGUAGAGACAGCCACUACAGUCGAAAAUGCAAGAGACACAGCAACAGUAGAGACAGGAGCCACUCCAGACGACGCUGAUCUCUUCCAUUAUCAAUUUAUUAAUUGAUAAAUUCCCUAUUCCCAGGCUUGCACCUAAAGUUUCAGUAAAAAGAAUUGAUAUUUUCUUUAAUCAAGUAAUGUGACACGUGGCUUUUUUUCAGAAUAGGGCUGAUUGGCAAAAAAUAAAACAUAUUAAAAAUAAACAAAUCUAUAAUAAAAGUACAGUUGCCUUCACAGAAUCAACUGAAAGUGUUCCCUGUAUGAGUGAGGCAUGUACGUUUUUAGCAGUUGAUUCGAAGGAGUUGCUUUAACCUUUUUUUUAUUUUUUUGGAUUGAAGCUGAUGACAGCUGUUUGUCAAAAUAGUCAUGUUGUUUUUACAUGUAUCAAUUUCAUGGCAUGAAACACUAAAUGUUCUAUUUGGUUUUAGAAUAUUCUUUAAUUGUGAAAGGCAUUGCAUCAACAUUUAGACUGUGUUAUACUAAAACUCCUAAAAAAAUUUGAAUAACGGGAAUAAACAUAAUAGGGUAUUAGUAUUGUAUUCCAACUUAGUGAUCAAUUAUAUAAUAGUUGAUAUUCAUCAUAUUAGAAGUUGAGAACCUUGACUUUCUGAUAGAUUUUUGAAUUAAAGGCUAACAUAGGCUGACUGUAUUUGUAGAUUGACACACCAGUCUAACCCAACUGUGAACCUAAACGCCUGUUGAUGACCUUCAUGUUCUGCUAGCAAGUUGUCUUUGUGCAUGAAAAACAGUGAGCUGGAGAAAGCGGCAAGUACAGCGGACAAAUAGUGUUUAUUUUGAUGUGGCUCCAGUCUGUCCAAUUUCAAACACGUCUAGACUUCAUGGCCGCUGUAGUUGUAGACAACUUUUAAGAGAACUACCUGGUUAAAAUGAAUGGCUGCUGGUCUGUUACAAAUGUGAAAUUUCCACAGACUAUAAGAAACAUACCUCUCUAGCUUGGCUGACCUGCAGACAGCCUAAAAUUUUUCUUGGAAUACUGCUUCAGUAUUGGCUGUGUUGCUGAUAAGCCGCUCAGAAAAACACGCAGCUGAAUUCAACCACAGACGUUUCGCUGAGCUUAACCUGGCAGCACUGUUUUUGAUUAUCUCUGUUUCAGCUGACAAAGACUGAUUUCUUUUAGUUGUAUUUUAAUUUCUUAAUGUUUGGAAGAAUUCAAUUUUUUAAAAGUGAUUUGUUGGUUGUAUUGUGUAAAGACUUGAUGUUGAAAGUCAUAAUGAUGAUUGCAUAAUGAAAUAACGGACCUGACUCGGCAAGCAGUGUACUCCCUCUUUCCUUGAGCAUAUAGGAGUGUUGAAUACAAGUAAUGGAUUUGAGACUUAUGGAAAUAAUUUCCAUAUUCUCUGACAAAGUUUAAUCACCAUUUAGGAAACCAGCUUCAGGGAUUUCAAUGAAACCAGCAGAGUACCAAAUAAAAAUGGGAACACUUUCUACUCUCAUGUUCACAACACAGUGCCGGAUAAAUUUCUUUACUGGCAGCUGUAUUUACGCUUUGGGUAAGUCGAUCAAAUCACAUAGUUUUGUUGAGACUGCUGCCUUGAUAUUGUCAUUUGUCACAGCAGUGUGCAUUUGUUCUGUAUACUGUGUGCUCAUGAUCCACUAGACCAUGUCCUGCAUACACAUGGUAAAAAUAAAAAUCUGAGCUGAAAACUGAAAA